UUUUUUUUUAAACAGUCACAUACUAAGAAACACAGUGAUUUCCUCAUAUGACUGAUCCUCAGUCCCUGCGGUCACCUCUUAGUGCCUUGACAUCUCUCAUUUACAGCUUUUCCCCCACAUGACACAGCUUUAAAUGUGAGGCAGAAAUGUGAUCGAGGGUUGACAUACGACAAUCAUCUGAGUGUUUUACAGAACUGAGCACUUCACUUCCUGCUAUUUAGACAAACUAGUAAUCGAGACAUGCAAAGGACGCUCCACAACGAAUCUGACCUUACAUUUGUCAGCAGAGCAACAUUCACCGUAUCAGUGCCACGAGGAUGUGUGCAAAGAGAGCCUGAAAUGAACUGAAGUGAACCUUUUCAUUGGAUUUAACAUCAAAUACAUCCAACAUCAAGAUCAUGUAUUCAACAACGAUCCUCCCCAGCAUGAAGAUACGUGCCCUGCUGCUGUGGGAAGUCUUCGCUUUGUUUGCUGCAGAGUCUGUGAUGAGUCCAGCACCAGAAAGCGGCAACUCAAACAUUACUGUUCAGACAGAUGUCACAACCAACCAACAGACCACUGCAUAUGUAAAUGUGUUGCAGCCUGCAACCCUGCAUCCAGCACAACCUACAGAUGUUAGUGCUCAUGUAGAGGAGACAGCGUUAGGCACAGCAAACCCUGAAGAUGGUGUCAAAAACAAAACUAACAGCUCAGACAGCAGAUGGCUUGAUCUGACUUCUGCUGAAGCAGCAAUCAGUAGCUCCAAACCUCUCGCCCCCACAGAAAAGGUGACAACUAAAGAUGUAGUUCCUGUACAGACGACAGCUGCAGCUGAACAAGCUUUCACAGCAGGGCUGACGAGUACAGGUGGACCACAGCAAACAAUCACAGCUAGUAGAGAAGAACAACCGUUUGCAGCAGUGACCACAGCGAGUGGUGAAGCUAACUCUUCCAUGGUUACUACCACCGCUACGGAUAAAGAACAAGUUUCCUCAUCAAAGACCACAGGUGAUCCACAAACUUUCCCGAAAGUCACAUCAACUGGAAGGGGACUACACCCUUCCACUGUGAUGAGAACAGCUACGAGUGCAGUACAACCACCAUACCAAAAAACAACGGCAGAUGCAGUAAAUCAGACAACAGAUCAUCUCCGAACAUCAGCCUCCAGUGUUACUGACAUGACUGCUCCUGCAACAGGUUUUGCAACUUCUUCGGCCUCACAUUUUUCUACGCAACAUUCAACAACUAUUACUGAAUUUAGGUCAGAGGUACCUUCCACCACCUCUCUGGAUACAUCUACUCAAAGAACAUCCACCUUCAGUGGUCCCACUGCUUCACUUCCAACUUCAGGAACUGUUCAAUCCACCAGCACUGAGCUCUCAUCCCCAUCCCCUUCUGUCCCUGCCAGAACUACCUUCAGCUCCACAUCAACAGGACCCGUUUCCAACACUACCACUGCCAACUCUACCAGUCCAGCUGGGGGUUUGAUUCCUCGCACCCAUCAGUCAAGACGUUAUUCAUCAACUACAAAAGCUCCCUGCGAACCGUCCAAGGGCUCCACAAGCAGUGAGGUUCUGCCCUGCUCCACCAGGGGCAUGGUGAAGCAGUGCCUCAUCGUCAUCGCUGCCUUGGCUGUGGUGGCCACCAUCUUUAUAGUUUCUACCAUCAUCCUUUGCAUCAAGUUGUCAACAAAGAAAUACAAAGUAAGAAAACCUCAGCAGGCCACCGAGAUGAUGUGCAUCUCCUCUCUGCUACCUGAUAAGAGUCACACCUAUACAAGGCAGCGCAACCUGGUGAGCAACGGAGUCCUGGUGUUCCCUGCCGGAGACAGCGACGAGGAAGGUGGGGAUAAUCUCACUCUUAGCAGCUUCCUUCCAGAAAAUGACCGCUAUGUUUAGCUGCAUCUAU